UAUAACUCUCAGAAGCCUAAACUUGUUGCACAAAUUAUUCAGCUCAUCAUAUUUCUUGAGCAGCCUUUUAUGGAGGGAGAGGAGGUUAUAGCCCUGUUCGAUUUUUGCUGGUUUAAUCAAGAAAUCUUCAAGAAAAGUUCAAGUUCACCAACUUCAUCAAGCCUUAAGAAAAGCCCUGAUCACCAAAUUGGAGAAGAUUCACCAAAAGCUGAGUUUUCGAGCCAAUUAUUAUCAAUCCAUCCAAGGUCAAAUAGUGACUACAUGAUGAGCUCCAAAACAAGCACGAACUCUGGUUUAUUCUCUCCAGAUUCAGUUCUUUAUGUUCUUUCUGCAUCUCAGCUGGAAAUAGUUCUAUCAGGAACAGAAGGGGAAGCUGAAUUUCCAGGAACGCCAGAAUCAAGAAAAGUUAAAACCGAUGAUAACGAGAAGAAGAAGAAGAAGAGGAAGAAAAGAAGGAAGAGCAACGACAAACUAAAGAAAGGUUUGAGCAAGAGCUUAUCAGAGCUUGAGUUUGAAGAGCUCAAGGGGUUUAUGGACCUUGGUUUUGUGUUUUCCGAAGAAGACAAAAACGAUUCAAGUCUGGUCGAGAUUAUUCCUGGCUUGCAAAGGUUAGGCAGAGAAAAAGAUGUUGGAGAACAAAGAAGAAAUUCUGCUCCCGAUGAAUCUUCAGUUACAAGGCCUUACCUUUCUGAAGCCUGGGAAGUUUUGGAUAGGAGAAAUAGAGAGAACCCUUUGAUGAAUUGGAAAGUUCCUGCUGUGAGCAAUGAAACUGGCAUGAAAAACAGUCUCAAAUGGUGGGCACAUGUUGUUGCUUCAACUGUUAGAUGAUAAGGCCUUUACUCUCUGGUUUAUCACUUCGUCAUCUUUUUCAUUUCUUUUCUUUUUUUUUUGUGCUUUUUGUUUUGGCCUUUUUAGCAACUCUUGUGGCCUCAUCAAAAGAACCCAAAAAAGCAACCAAAAUGAAUAAAUAAAGAGGCUUGUAGACGUUGUAUAAUAGCAUCUGUAGUCCAUUUUUUUGUAUUACAACUUCAACAACUUGUAUAUAGUUGCAUUUUGUAUACAAUAAACCAAAAAAACAUAUGUAGAA